AUGUUCUCAAACUUUCAACAACACCACCACAAUCUUUUUCAAUCCCCUCGUGAAUGCCAAACCUCAGAAGACGAUGAAAGUCGAGGCAGCGGUGGGCCCGGCUCAUUAACACCCCACAAACCUUUCUCCGCAAUCAGCGGAAGCAGCGACGGUGCCACUAUUGAGAUUGGCCGUAGGCCUAGAGGCCGUCCGCCUGGGUCCAAGAACAAGCCCAAAUCCCCGCUCAUAAUUACUCACGAUCCCGAGCCCGCGAUGAGCCCACACAUUCUUGAAAUCCCAGGAGGUAGCGAUAUCGUUGAAGCAAUAGCCCGGUUCAGUAUCAGAAGAAAAACCGGGUUAUGUAUAUUAUCCGGUUCAGGUACCGUCGCUAAUGUUACACUUCGUCAACCUUCUGGUCCUCCUGGCACCACCGUUAUUUUUCACGGCCGUUUUAGUAUCCUCUCCAUAUCCGCCACGUUCUUUGUCCCAACAGAAUCUUCCCCGCCGAUGAAUAAAGAAUUCUCGAUCUCCCUCGCCGGACCUCAAGGUCAGAUAAUCGGAGGGUUUGUCGUUGGAAGGUUGCUAGCUGCUGGAACGGUGUUUGUGAUUGCUGCUUCGUUUAAUAACCCUACUUAUCAUAGACUACCUUUGGAAGAGGAUGUUCGGAAUAACUCAGUUUCCGGCGGUUGUGAUGAGAAGUCGCCGCCGUUGUCCGGUGGUGAGUCGUGUAUGUAUAGCUGUCAACUUCCUUCCGAUGUGAUUUGGGCUCCAACGCCGAGAACGCAUUUCUGA